ACGACGGCAAGUACGGAAAAAUAGUUAGCUCAGCUCGCCUCCUGAGAUAGUCAGGAGGGGCAGCGUUGCUAUUCGACGACAAAAAGAACAAAAUACAAAGCAGUAUUUAUGACUUUAUUUAUAUAAGUUUAUGUAUGUUCCCCAGAUAUUAUCAAAUCCAAAGCUAGAACCGAAUUUCCUCCGAGCUCUGUUGUAUUAAAUGGAGGAGAAGAAGGAAGAAGGGGACUCUGAGAUACAGGAACACGGACCGGAGCACUGGUUCUCAAAAUGGGAGCGGCAAUGUUUAGCCGAAGCCGAGCAGAUGGACCCGGGAGAAGAGGAGGCCGACAACGACCAGGAUAAACUCUGGCAUCUAUUUCAAAACUCUGCCACUGCCGUAGCUCAACUGUACAAAGAUAGGGUAUGCCACCAGCAGGGCCUGUCAUUGUGGGUGCCAUUUCAGAAUGCUGCUACAGCAGUAACCAACCUCUACAAAGAGAGCGUAGAAGCCCAUCAGAGAAGUUGUGACCGGGGCAUCCAGAUAGGUCACCAACGACGUAAUAAGGAUAUGCUGGCUUGGGUGAAAAAGCGCCGGAGAACCAUCCGUAGGGAGGAUCUUAUAAGCUUUCUGUGUGGCAAAGCUCCACCACACAGAAGUAGCAGGACCAAUUCUCGCCUGGCAAUGGUGGCCCCUAGCCGGGCUAAUUCUCCAGCUGAGACCGGCUCCUCUGUGGAAACAGACCUGCAGCCCUUCAGGGAGGCCAUAGCUCUGCACGGUCUGAGUGGGGCCAUGGCGAGCAUCAGCGUGCGCUCCGGCGCUCCAGGUUCUCCCACACAUGUGAGCGGGAGCAGCGGUAACACUGGGAGCGCGAGUGGAGGCAGUUCUUCUGGCUCUGGGCCCGUGUGCCGCAGCAGACGAAAUGGGCUCCAAGACGUCGAUCUGAACACUUUCAUUACAGAAGAGAUGGCCCGACAUCUGGACUCUACCGGCUCCGCCGCCGUCGGGGGAGGAGGAACCAGGAAACGUAACUCCACCCAGUGUAGCGACGUCAUCACGGACUCCCCAACGCACAAACGCAACAGGUUGAUCUGACUGAACAUCUGCCUGAGUGCAAAGAGAGGGACGGAUAGCAACUUCCAAGCGUCUGUGCUUAAAAUUAAAGUGAGGCCUGAAGGCUCACGGUUGCUUUUGUUCAUGAAUUGUGUCCCUUGUCUCCUUUCCUAACACUAAGUAGAGAUCCACAAUCAGAGCAGUCUGUGACAGAGAGAGAAACAAAGUGGGACGUUAGGACAGCCUCGCACAUUCCUCAGACCAAGCUGCCCUGGAAAGGAGACAAAGGAGGUCACUUACUAAUUCUGGGUUGUAGACAGUUCUCAAUGAGUGGAAAUACGCUGUGCUGUUCAACGAGCAAAAAGCCACUUCAUCUCUGACACGUGUGCUUCCCCUCCUCAUUCUGUCCUCACCCAUCACCUUAAUAAGGAAGAGGGGGCCAUUAUCACAUGUGGGAGUCUGUGAAUUGAGUUGCUCACCAAAAAAUGCUGGAGCUGUGCUGGUUUAAGGCUCCGACGGCCCCAUCUGCGUUUUCUGUUACUUCAUGUUGCCUGAAAGCGAAGCCGCUUGUUCAGCUAGCAUCACAACAGCGGCAUACGUAGCCAUAUCUCUGUCUGUUGGGUUAAUGACAUCUAGUCGCUGGAUAUUCAAGUUUAAUGUUCGCACAUUGUUUUCAUCUUUCUGCUCUGCUUCAGAUUUUUUUUGUUUUUGUUUUUAACCACCAGUGUUAAAUUAAUGGGCUCAUUUCAGCUGGAAUAGCCAAGCUAACCCAACACAAACUGUUCAAUUAGCUUUGUUCUUCUGUGUUAUUUUUGAUGAAAAUUGAGUCUUAGUUUUCUCCGAAGCCCUGAUUUUUCUCUCCCUGCCGUUUCAUGAGAGCAGCUGCUGCUUAAUGUGGUGCUGUGACAGUUCUCAGUUGCAGUAAGUACCUUUUUUUUUUUUUCUUUUGAAAAAAGUCAUGCUCUUAGCAUUUACCCCCAACGCAUGCAAACAAAUUGGCUCUUCCAUCACCCCACUCAACCACUUAAAGUUGUUCUUUAAUCUCAAAUAGAUCAGCUUCUCUUUAGGUGCUCAAAAAUUAAAACACUUGAUUCCAGCCACUGGAGCCUUUGUGUGUCCAUCCCUGUGUGGAAAACCGUAGUUAAUUUAUUCUAAAGGUUGUAUUGGUCUCUUUAGCUGUGGGCUGAUAAGCCAGCGUUUUCUGCGUAAAAGGAUCCUGGUUGCUUUUUGUUUUGUUUUUUCAUACAAAAUAAUUCUGGGGCUCAUUUCAGUUCUGAGUUGAUUGUUGGUUUUACAUCCUUUAAGGUGGAUUACAUUAGACACCGAGGUCACUUAAAAUAGCCAGUUUGACUAUUUUUGGUAAAGCAAAUGUAAAGAGGGCUUAGAAGGAUGUUUAGUGUUAUGAGUGACAGAAAAGACAAGUUAUGCCAAACGUGAAACUUUACUAUUGAUAUUCCGAUAGACACCCAACAGUCCAUUCCCUUUUACGAAAUUGUAAGAGAAGGUAAAAUGUGCUGCAAAUUCUUAGCUAGUUUGGAAGGACCGAAACAUCCACAAAGGUGAUCAGAUUUAUGUUCAACUACAAAGGAUCUCCAGGUUCUGACUGGUUGGUGCUUUUAGACUGAAAAUGUAAUCUAACGUUAAAAAUUCACUGAGUAGGAAAGAUCUAUGGUGGGUCAGAGCAAAUCUGGUGAUAAUAUGCUGAUUUUGUGAUUGAUUGGUGCAUAUGUAAAGAUAAAACUGAACCUGAAUUUUCUAAAUUACUUUCAACCUUCCUGGGAUCUGAAUGUUGGACAUAUUUUUUCUUUUUUUU